AUGUUGUCCCUCAAGUUAUCCCUUGGACUUCUCUUUCUCCUCUGCUCUUCCUCGCUCGUCGUAGCUCAAUCCGACAGCAACCCAGAGCCUUACAGGCCUGCACCCUCUAAACGCUAUGGUGGAAGCCCAGCUGUACCCCAUCCCGCUCCCUCCAAACGGUACGCUGACUUUGCGUCUGACCCAGCUGCCGCUGCUGCGCCCUACCCUUCCAAGCGCUACAUUAACGACGGACCUCAUGCCCCAGUCCCAUCUAAACGAUACGAUGGCAACCGCAAACGAGAUGUCAGCGAGCAGGAAAUCAUUACCUCCCCAUCCGCCGCCAUCGAUCUAUCCCCCCUCCUUUGCCCCGCCUCUAUGAACGCUUGUCCCGUCGCGUCCACCUCCCUACCUGCGGCUAAUACUAUGCCCACGACCCUGGCAGAAUGGGCGGAUAUUGAUGUUGAGUGCGUUGACUUCACUGUAGACCUGCAUUCUUGCGGCGGUUGCUCAGCUGUCGAUGCUAUGCAUGAUUGUUCGUCCAUAUCCGGGGCAUCAGGCGUUUCAUGCAUCGUCGGCCAGUGCUAUGUAUCGUCAUGCCGCUCAGGCUACACUCUUACAGCUGAUAACAAGGCGUGCAUCCAAAAUGAUUAA